AUGGCCUUCCCACUCUUCUCCCCUCCAUCAACAAUUCUCCGCCUGGGCCUGGGCCUCGGCAUCGGUCUCUCUGCGGCAACCCUCACGCCUUUCUCGCCCUUCCGCGCCGCCCCGAUCCAAUGCCAGUACAGCGCACCUUAUUACCGAACGGAGGGCCAGGCGAGCGCGGAGACUGGCUGGACCGUCAACGCCAAUGACCCAAUGCUGCAGAAGCAGGGCCGCACGGGGAUUGCGGCGCAGGCCAAGAACACGUUUCUGACGAAGGAGAAUAUGCGCCAGAUUAGUCUGGGCAGCGUGCUCGGCCUUGUUGCUGGCGUUGGAUUGAGGGCUUUCUCGAGAGUGCUGGUCGUGGUUCUGGGCAUGGGCGUUGUUCUCGUUGAGUGGGCUGCGUCGAAGGGCUAUAACAUCCUUCCCUUGAAUCGGUUGCAACGAUAUGUGAAGAAUGCCAACCUGGGCCGGAUCGUAUCUGAGCAUCGGCCUUUUAAGAUCAGCUUUGGCCUGAUGAUGGCCAUGGCGGCCUUUGCGCAGUUCUAA